CGCGUGUCGCGUCGCGUACGUAGUGACGCGUAAUGGCAAGCGCCUUGAAGAUGCAGCGGAUGGUUGGGCUGGGAAGGGCGCUGCUGCCCUUGCGGAAAAGGGGUUCUCUAGCCGGGCAAUUUGAUUUGCAUCUAGUUCGUUUUCUUCAUGCUGGCCUUCCGGUUCUAGCAGCAAAAGAAGCUCUGAUGAAGCUCAGAAAGAAAACUGGCUACUCGUUUGUGAACUGCAAGAAAGCCUUGGAGAAAUUUGAUGAUGUCAGUGAGGCUGAAGCCUGGCUACAUGAGCAAGCCCAAAAGGAAGGAUGGAGCAAAGCUUCCAAACUGCAAGGACGGAAGACACAAGAAGGGCUUAUUGGGCUGCUGCAAGAGGGAAGCUCUGCAGUGAUGGUAGAGGUGAACUGCGAGACGGACUUUGUGGCCCGAAAUGUCAAGUUCCAGCACCUGAUUCAGCAGGCAGCGAUUGGAACGAUGCUGCAUUAUCGGGGGACCAGGGACCAGCUGAGUACGUAUGCCAAGUGUUUCUUAAACUCAAAUGAGCUUUCUCAGCUGAGGAUAGGACCUGAUGGCUCCUUGCUUGUGGACCAGCUGGCUCUGGCUAUUGGCAAGCUGGGGGAGAACAUGGUCAUUAAGAGAGCAGUGUGGAUAUCGGUGCCAGAGAAAUUUUUCAUCGGCUCUUACGUGCACGGGGCUCUCCCGGAAGGAAACCCCUCACUUUCUAACAUGAUGUUUGGCAAAUACGGAGCUUUGGUGAUCUGCUGUCCCUCUGAGCCAUGUGAAAAGUCAGACUUUGCUGAACUGGGCUGGAGGCUGGGCCAGCAUGUGGUGGGCAUGGCCCCCCUCUCCGUAGGCUCUCUGGAGGAUGAACCCAGCGGAGAUUCUGAAACCAAGAUGCUUGCCCAGCCCUUCCUGCUGGACCCUGCUAUUUCCUUGGGGCAGUACGUUCAGCCCACGGGUGUAUCUGUACUGGACUUCGUGCGGUUUGAAUGCGGAGAGGAUAUAGAACUGUCAGCAUCGGAGUAAGCAGUACUUUUGUACUGGUGGCUCGUGAACUGUUCCCAGUUCGUGUUUGGGCCCUGCCGUGGUUAACAGACCUGACCAGUCACGAAUUAAACUCUGUGUUAGCUUGGUCAUGGGAGCCGAAUACUAAUCGUGCGAUCUCAUUUCAAAGCUCCAGAAUGACUCUGCCCAGGUGUGGAAGACAGCUGUCAAUGUUACAAAUAAAACUCUCUGGCAGCAAGGAGGGGAA